UUAGGUUUCCUGCCACGUCCAGCAGUGAGUCAGGAUUUCCACAGCUGCCUCUGGACACCACUCUCCCCAGAGACUGGAAGACGCUAACAUCAGGUCCAGAAAUGCCCUUGGUGUGUUUGACAGAUUUUCAGGCUUAUGCCCAGGAGCAUCUAUCUAAGUCAACUUGGGAUUUUAUUGAAGGAGGAUCUGAUGAAUGCUUCACCCGGGAUGAUAACAUCGCAGCAUUUAAAAAAAUCCGCCUUCGUCCCCGGUACCUGAGAGAUGUGCGAGAGGUGGACACCCGGACCACAAUCCAAGGGGAGGAGAUCAUGGCCCCCAUUUGCAUCGCGCCCACGGGUUUCCACUGCCUCGUCUGGCCGGAUGGAGAAAUGAGCACAGCCAGAGCUGCCCAAGCAACCGGGAUCUGCUACAUCGUCAGCACCUAUGCCAGCUGCUCCCUUGAAGAUAUUGUGGCUACUGCCCCCAGGGGCCUCAAGUGGUUCCAACUCUACCCAACAUCAGACCGGCAGCUCAACAAACAGCUGGUCCAGAGGGCUGAAGCCCUGGGUUUCAAAGCUCUGGUCAUCACUGUGGAUACACCCAAAAUGGGCAACAGGAGAUGCGACUUUCGAAACCAACUAGACUUACAGAGGAACUUACUGCUGAAAGACCUUCGCUCACCAAAGGAGAGACAUACAACGCCUUAUUUCCAGAUGUCCCCCAUUGACUCAUCCUUCUGCUGGAAUGAUAUCACCUGGCUUCAGAGCCUAACUCGACUGCCCAUCAUCCUUAAAGGGAUUUUGACGAAAGAGGAUGCAGAGUUAGCUGUGAAACACAAUGUCCGUGGCAUCAUUGUUUCCAACCACGGCGGGAGGCAGCUUGAUGACGUUCCUGCUUCUAUUGAUGCCUUGACAGAAGUUGUGGCCGCUGUGAAAGGGAAAAUGGAAGUGUACCUGGACGGUGGGAUCCGAACUGGCAAUGACGUGCUCAAGGCGCUGGCCCUUGGGGCUAAGUGUGUCUUUCUAGGGAGACCAAUCCUGUGGGGUCUUGCCUAUAAGCAUAGUUCCAAUUUCACAGACACCCUCGUCCUCCCCGCUGCAGCUGAGAGCAUACCUAGAACCGAUACUCAGCACCUGCGCAGAAUGUUCUUCAUGCUUCUUUUUGUCUCUCCCCAACCCCCAUCUUGGGAGCAGGGUGAACAUGGCGUUGAGGAAGUUUUGAACCUUAUAAAAAAUGAAUUCCACACUUCCAUGAGCCUCACAGGUUGCCGGUUGGUUACCGAAAUCAAUCAGGACCUGGUCCAGUUCUCCAGGUUGUAAAGAAAAAGGGCUAAUGACCAGACCGCUGAGGUUGCCCACAGGGGGAGACAAGCCCAAAGCGUGGUAUGUGAUGUCCUCCUGCCUUGGCCCCAUCCUGUCCAGAGGCUCAUCCCCUGCAUCGUCGAUCAUUCUAUCCCUUGUGCUUCAGGCCCUCCAAACCCCUCCUCUUCCUCAAAUGUGACAUGCUCUUCUUUGCCUCACUACUUGUUAGAUGCUCUUGCUUAAAACUGUGCUCUGAAAGAAAAAAAUGUUAAAAACGUGGAUCAACAAUGA